AUGGCGGCGGCUGAGACGCUCUCUGCGCGCGCCUCGCUCGAGGAAGGAGCGCCCCUCCUAUCGGCCACGGAGCCCGCCUCGCGCGAAUCCUCACCCGCACCGCUGCCCGAACGGAGCACGAAGAAGAAGCCGUGGAAAUUCCUCGUCUUCCUCGUCUUCGUGCUCAUUACCAUUGUCGACGUAGGCGCCUUCCUCGCCGAGCCGCCCAAAACCCGCGUCUUCGAAGCGAACAUCUGUCUGCGAUGGUACGAGGAGAAUGACCCCUCCAAGGUUGGCAACGAUGGCGCCGUGCCCGAGGCGCUGUGCAAGAUCGACGAGGUGCAGCAGAAGUUGGCCAUGAUCUUUGGCUGGCAGGACACAUUCGAUGCGAUACCGGGCCUCCUGUUGGCGAUACCUUUUGGUGCUCUCGCCGAUAAAUGGGGCAGGAAGUGGAUUUUCGUCGCGUCCCUGGUUGGACUGCAGCUCAACUCUGCCUGGAUACUCUUCAUCUGCUACUUCCGUAGCCUGCCGCUGCAGUUGACAUGGUUCUCCUCGGCUUUCUAUCUCCUUGGCGGUGGGCCUGUUGUAGCGUCAGCUCUCGGCAUCACCAUGAUUUCGGAUAUCGCUCCGCCAGACCAACGAACCAACAUCUUUCUGUAUCUCACUGCGUCCGUACUGAUCGCCGAAAUGCUCGCCCCGAUCAUGGCCUCCAAACUCAUGGAAACGGGCAUGUGGCUCCCGCUCCUCCUUGCCCUGGCUAUACAGCAAGUCGGUGUCACUGUGGGAAUUUUCUUCCCCGAAACGCUUCAUCUUCGGGAUUUACCUGAGCCACGAGAUGGCGAGGAUGCCAGCAUCGAGCUGCAGGCCAAAGACGAAGGACACGGGUUGAAGAUACAGCUGAAGCAUUUCAAGUCUGCGCUGCUCUUGCUGACGAGCGAUGUCCAACUUGCGCUUGUUGUUGCUCUUUUUGUCGUCAACAGACUAGGUAGACAGGCACUGACCUUGCUAAUUCGCUAUGCUUCGAAGCGCUACAACUGGGAGAUCGCAAAGGCAGCUUAUCUAUUGUCCUUCCGCGCCGCCACUAAUCUUGUUGCCGUGGCAGUCUUCAUACCCAUUGUCAACAUUAUCCUCUUGAGAUAUCUGCGUUUACCUGUUCACUGGGCUGAUUUAUGGUUGACGCGCGGCUCGCUGCUGAUCACAGCUGCAGGGUUUCUUGCAAUUGCUCUGGCUUUCGAGCCUGCCAUACUCAUCUUUGGUCUCCUCGUAUUCAACCUUGGGACGGGGUCGAGUGCCGCGAUGCGCUCAGUCGCGCUGCAUGUUGUUGGCGGUCAGUCAAGUCCUGAUGUAGGAAAGCUCAUGAGCUUAAUCGCUGUCUCUGAGAACAUCGGUGUCAUGUUGGCCGGUCCACUCCUCAAUGAGGCUUUCACAAAAGGCAUGGAUCUUAAGGGAGCUUGGUUGGGACUUCCAUUCUUCGGUGUAUUCGUUUUGUACGUUCUGGCCACGAUUGUGUCAUGCACCGUUAGCGUAAAAGACCGGGAUAUGGCCUAUGUUGAGGUUGCCACGGACGAAGACGAGGCAGACGUUGUCAAUGGAAGAAGCUCCGCGCUAGAGGACGGGCCUUCAGUAACACAUACAACAGAGCAAUAG